CAAUCCAUAGCAAUCAACUAUAAAGCUGCCAUUAAAUUUCAUUAAUAAGACAGUGCAUUUUCUGUUCAUCGAUUCGUUCUCUAAAUACAUUGAUUAUGGAUCGUUUUUUCAGUUUCAUUAAAGAUACAAGGCCAAUCUUGUUGAUGUUAGUGGUUCAAGUGCUUUGCACUGGAGGCACUGUGCUGUACAAACUAGCAGAGGUUGAUGGAAUGAGCGUUAGUGUUAUUACUUCUUAUAGAUUUAUUUUCUCCACUGCUUUUAUCGUCCCUGUGGCUCUCAUUGUUGAAAGGAAGAGCAGACCACAGCUAAAUUUGAGGAUACUGUUUAAAGCUUUUCUUUGUAGCUUAUUCGGGGCCUCAGUAUAUCAAUAUCUGUUCUUGAAAAGCAUGGCCUUGACAUCUGCAACUUUUGUCACAGCCAUAACAAACCUCUCUCCGGCUUUCACUUUUAUUUUGGCUGUUUCUUUUGGAUUAGAGAAGGUGGCUGGAAUAGGUGGGCUGGCUAAAGUAGUGGGAACAUUUAUCGGAAUAGGAGGAGCCACGAUCCUGACUUUUCUUAAGGGAGUUGAGAUUAAGCUGUGGUCAACACAAAUAAACCUUCUUCACCAUCAUGCUUUAGAGCCUUCAAAAUCUGCUAAUAACAGAACCCUCUUCGGCUGUUUAUUGUCUUUGCUUUGUACCUUCGUGUACUCUAUGGGGCUUAUCAUUCAGGCUAAAAUGAGUGAAGAAUACCCAUGUAAGUACUCAAGCAUAGCUUUGGUGUCUGUAAUGGCAGCCAUGGAGUCAGUUGUUUUUGCCCUCUCUACCGAAAAAGAUUGGAGUCAAUGGAAGUUGGGGUUGAAUAUUAGACUUCUCACUGUAACUUACACAGGAAUUAUUUCUACUGGUUUGAUGAUGACCUUGUCAUAUUGGUGUGUGCGAAUGAGGGGUGCUCUAUUUGUAUCUUCCUUUAACCCUCUUUGGCUUGCGUUAGUUGCUUUAGCUGGGACGUUAGUACUGGAGGAGAGGCUAUACGUUGGCAGCGUGAUUGGAGUAACCUUGAUCGUAUGUGGGCUAUAUGUAGUGCUGUGGGGUAAAGCAAAAGAGUUGCAGGAGAAAACUCAAUUGAUACCAUCUAAAAACUCGGGAGAAUCUAAGUCCACAGAGAUUGUCGUCCACUCUCCAGUUGCUUUCACCACAAAAGAUAAUAUCAACCAAAAAGUAUGAGCAAAUGUAAAGGAUUUGUCGAUAAUAUAGGCGAUGGCCUUAGAAAAUCAAUAAAGCAAUAUAAGUGUCACAUCAUUCAUGCCACAAUGAAUUUAUAUAUCUGUCAACUCCGCAUUUUUUUCUGUGGAAAUUAUAUAAAUUAAUGGUGAUUGACAGUUUUUAAAUGUAAUAGCUACUUUACUAUUUGGGUGUAAUUAUGCUUCUCUCUUUCGUUAAUGAAAAUUCAGCAUACUCUAUCUUCUUCUUUCCCA